CUGCUCAGAAAGCUUCGAGCGGGGCAGCGGGGCUGGAGUAAGACUGCGAAAGCGACGAGCUCAAGUUUUGUCCCUUCCUUUUAUGGAUCAUAGUGCAUGAAUCCUGCAUCAAGGAAUGUUCGAAGUCAAGCGAAGGAGGAGAGCAAACAUUUCCAAGCCGAAUGAAGAUCAACAAAAGAAACAGUCGGUUUUCAAGAGUACCAAAUCGAGGAGGAUGGAUCUGCAAACAGCUUCAAGUUUUCUAUCUCUUGUUGCCAGUCUAGGGCUAUCAUGGUUUCUUUUUCAGCAGUCAGUUCAGCUGGCUGCUAUAGAGAAGAAAUAUCACAUAUUAAAGGAGGAAGCUGUAAAGUUUCAAGAUAUGGAAAAUAAAAUUAGCAUAAUGUCUGAAAAGUGUGAGAUGAUACUAAGUUUGACAAAGCAACUGGAAGAUCUUAAUGUAAUUCCUCAGAUGAAACAUCUGCAAGAGGAGAUUAACAUCAUGCAGAUAAGAUCCAGUCGGUCAAUUCAAGAAGAGGAGGAGCUCCAGCAAAAUUUAACAUCUCUCUUUGAUGCAGUUGCUAAAUAUGAGGAAAAAACUAAGGGCAUCUCUGUAAAAAUUGCAGCUGUGAAGACUGACAUUAGACGCAUUUCAGGUCUUCAAGCAGAUAUGACCUUAUUAAUAGAGAAUCUAGAAAUGCUAGAAGACAAAGUAAAUAAAGUUGAAAAGACCAUAAUACAGAGCAUAGGGGACCUUCUUACAAGUAGCAUUGACAGGACUACAAAACUACAAAAUAUUGCAUCUGAAAAUACCAGAGAAGUAAAGCACAUUAAGGCAAAAUCAUUUGAGCUGAAUGCAGAUUUUACGAAGCAGUUCAAUAAACUUUUAGAUUUGGAAAGUGAUAGAGCUAAAGUUUUGACAACAGUAGCCUUUGCAAAUGAUUUAAAACCUAAAGUCCACAAUUUAAAGAAUGAUUUGGCACAUCUGCUACUUGUAUUAGAUGAAUUAACAUUACGAAUAGGAAGACUGCUUGGGGAUCUAUUAGAAAGACAGAAGGAACUUGCUCUCCUGAAUAAAAAACUAACUAAUUUAACUUCAAUUCAGACUGAAACUGAGUGAUGAAUCAGUAUUACAGAUAGGAAUACAUCUAAGAACAUUUCACUUCUAACAAAUCAGAGCACCUUACUCUGACAAAAUGUUAGAUGCUAAAACACAAUUAGAUAGAAAAGUAAUCUGCUGAAUAUAGCAAAUUGAAUUUUCAAACAGUAAAUUUUGUCUGAAUUAGACAUUUUUCACCAAGUAAAACCACUAGAUUUUCACUAAAUUCAGUGAAAAUCUAAUGAUAUCUUCAACUUUGGUGAAAAUCUGCUAAGAUUUAGAUUUGUAGCACGUGUUUCAGCAAAACAUUCCUGGUAUAUUUAUAAAACAGAAGAGAAAAAUUUUAGAGAAUUUCUAAUGCAAGGGAUUCAGGGUUUUAAUAGUUAGAUAAUACCGUAAUAUUUUGUUAAGCAUUUUCAUAUUAAAAAAAUAUUUUUGCUGCUUUUUUUCCUGUGGCAGCUGUAAUUUAUUAACACAAGAUGGGCAGCUAUAUAAUUCAAAUAAAUAUUUCUGUUAGACAUUAUAUGGUGGGAUGAUUCUUUCUAACCAGCCUCAUCAAACAACCUUCAAGACUUUAAGAGAUGUAAUCUUACAUUUAUGGCUUUUAUAAAUUUAUCUAUAUACUUUUGAAAACAUAGUAAACCUUUAUUUUUAAUUCUGAACUUCAGAUUCAAGUUAUCUUAAAUAGAGAUUCUAGUUUCAAAUAUUUCCAUAAUAGACGGCUAUGGUAUUAGGUAGGUAGGUAGGGGUGUGUGUGUAUACACACACACAUACAUGUGAUUCAAACUGAGUGCUUGUUGAGGUAGACCCUAUCUAGAAGUAGAUGUAUUUAUGGCAUACUAUUGCAGUUUUUCAUUUUUAUACUAUUAAUUUGCUUGUGACAGCCUUAACAAUAAAGUUUAUAUUCCUACCUAA